UUUCGCUCGAGUUGGAGUCGCUCGGUCAUGGUGGGUCAAGGCAAGGAGCUCAAGAUCCACUUCAGCCCGGGGUGUGUCCGGCUGCUGGAGGUGGAAACGUCCGUACCGGACCGACGUGCCCUGAUCACUGGUGCAACAGGACUGCUUGGCCGUGCUGUAUAUAAGGAGUUUCUGGAAAAUGACUGGGACACAGUGGGCUGUGGUUACAAGAGAGCACGACCUAAAUUUGAAAAAGUGAACUUGAUGGAUCAUGGGGCAGUGCGACAAAUUAUUCAGGAUUUUAAGCCCCAUGCUGUUAUACACUGUGCCGCAGAGCGGAGACCUGAUGUUGCGGAAAAUCAGCCUGAAUAUACCAGCCAGUUGAAUGUAACCACCUCAGGAUGCAUAGCCAAGGAGUCAGCUGAAAUUGGAGCUUUCCUGAUCUAUGUGAGCACAAAUUACGUCUUCGAUGGAUCGCAUCCUCCUUAUCGGGAAAAUGAUACUCCAAAUCCCCUCAACGUGUAUGGGAAAACCAAGCUCGAAGGGGAGAGAGUAGUUUUGCAAAAUCACCCAGGUGCUGCAGUGCUCCGUGUUCCACUUCUUUAUGGCAAUGUAGAGAAGCUGGAGGAAAGUUCAGCCACUUCUCUGUUUGGAAAAGUCCAGUGUCACAGCGCAGUUGCCUGCAUAGACCAUUGGCAGCAGCAAUAUCCCACACACGUUGCUGAUGUGGCCAGAGUGUGCAGGCAGUUGUCAGAGCGCAGAAUACAGGACCCAGCGAUCCAUGGAGUUUUCCACUGGUCUGGGAACGAGCGAAUGACUAAGUAUGAGAUGGCAUGUACAAUGGCAGAUGUUUUCAAUCUUCCUAGUAACCACUUGCGGCCAGUCACAGGUCGUCCUGCUGUCGGUGCCGCCCGACCCCAGGAUGUCCAGCUCAACUGCUCGCGCCUGGAGAGGAUGGGGAUUGGGCAGCGGACCCCAUUCCGAGUCGGAGUGCAACGCUGUCUCUGGCCUUACCUCCUGGACAAGCAGUGGCGACAAACGGUGUUUCACUGAGACUGUGAAAUUCGGUGUGGAAGAGGGACAGCAGCAAAAAGGGAAAUCCGAUGGAAAAGCACAAAAAUGUCAGAGCUAUAGGCAACCCCUCACUCCGCCCCAGAGAAUUAUUUUUGAGAUUAUCACUGUCUAAACUCUCUGCUGUUGCGUAACCUUGUACAAUGCUGGUUUACUCACUCCAUGUAUCUUUCGGUGGGUACACUUCACAAAAAUAUAUGCACCUUUCAAGCUUCUCUUUCUGCUUUGCUUUGUAAUUUUGUUUUCACGUGGUUGGGAGUUAGUACCUGUUCUGAAUUUGUUUGAAAACACUCCACCCUGGUGUGGGAUGAAUGGGAGUCAAGGCUGCCAGAUAUUUUGUUCUGUGUGAUAAAAGGGUGUUUGAAAUUUGCCAGUCCUGCCAAAACACUCCACAGCUCCCACUUAAUACUGUGUACAACCAGAUAGUGUCAGGUUCCCGUAGAAUGGAAGAGUGAUGGAAAUUGACUUAUUGUCUGUUCUCUCUGUCUUUCCAAAGAAAAACCACUCCCUCUCCCAGUGCAUGGCCCAUGCACUGAAUUUCUUCCAUGAGGUGUCUCUGUUUAAUGUCAAUCUUCCUCAGAAGUGUAGUUGUCUGGACACUGCCUGGCCACCCGCAUCUUGCCUUUCGAGGGUUGAGGCUAUGUAACUGCAGGGGCUUCACAGCUGAGGCCAAUCCUGUAUUUUGCUCCUGGGUAGUAAGUAGGAAUGCAAACCCUCUUUUAUUAUGAGCACUCUUGUCCUUUUGCCUUUAACACCCAUCACCUCAUCAAGAUCCAACAAACCAAUUUACCUCCCAUCCAGAUGCCAUCAUCCGAGUUUGGCUAGCCUUGGGGUUCUGAUACUGAAUGAACAACCAAGUGGUUGUGAAUUCAAUUCCUGCCUGGGAAAGGUGAGAAACUAAUUUCAGAGAAAUCAGGUAAUUUAUGGACUGGUGACCAUGUAGUUGUCAGAUUGUCAUUAAAAACCCAUCUGAUUCACAACGACCCUUCAGGAAAGGGAACCUGCCAUCCUUACCUGGUCUGGUCUCUGUGACUCUUGUCCCCACACUGCAUGGUUGCUGCGGGACAUCUAAGGGUAAAAUAAAUCAGUGUUAUUUGGCAGUUUUCAAAAAAACAAAGUUUUAGAAUCUUCAUUGAGCAGGGAUUAUUUUAAAUUUGAUUUUAAAAAUUGAUGCUUUAGGUUUUCACUGUUGCAAUUAUUUGAGUUUUGAAACAAAUUCAAAGAUUACGGGAUUGUAUCUCAAAACUAGAAUCUUUGAGAAAGGAGUUUUGAAGUUUUGAAUGUAAUUUUUGUUCAAGAUGAAAUGUGUUUAUGAACCAUAUUUUCAGCAGGUAAGCUUCAAAUCGUUGCAUAUCUUCCAAUAUUUCAAUAGUUUCAAACAGCAGAAGCUCCAGAAAUGCAGUCUGUGUUCUUUAUCUCUCUAUUGUGACUUUCAGUGCUUCCUGUUCAUUGAAGUCAGCACUGUGUUGCUUUCUGAAUGAUUUAUUCUGUGAUGCUUCCCUGGAUAUAAAGCUUCACCUAGCAGUUCAUAUGAGACUUAAUGCCAUCUAUAGGUUUAAAAUGACUCAUGCUGUUUCUUUUAGAUGUUAACAAAGAGCAGUGGAAAGGGACAGGCCACAGUCUCGGGUUGUGAUUAUGUGGAAACCAAAUAGGAAUGAGUUCAGCAUUGAAUUCACCAAUUGCACUCCAAAUUGGUUUGUUGCCACGAAGUCAGUCAUUGAGCCCGUGCCUUGCUGUCUACAUUUCCUCUUUCCUCUCCUAUCCUGCUGCUGGGAGUUAAUGCUGAAGGGGAUGAAUUGCCUGGAAGUUUUAGGGUUGGCAAGCCCAGUUUGGAUAUUUCAUGGAUACAUACACCACUGCAGCAGGAAAUGAUUUUUUUAAAAAUCUAAGGUGCACUGUGUUUCAUUUCCCUGAGUGUCAGUGUAGAGGAAGCUUUGUUCCAUAUCUAAGCUGUACAUUGUUUGAGGGGCUAUGUAGGGUGGAUUUUAUUUUUGUAAUAUAUACUAGAGUGAGUUUUAUGGUUUCCAGUCUAUUGGUUACAAAUUGAAAACACCCCUUGCCAAUUAAUGUGGCUAAUUUGUGAAUGUCAGGACAGUCCUGAAUGUCUAGCUGGGAGCUGCCUGUCUCAUACAGCCAAAUAUAUUUACUAUCACUGCCAGCUAUCUGUACACUUCCCCCUUACUGUCUAAGGAUUUUAAAAAAUGGUUUUCUGUAAUAUUUACUUGAGAGUCUCAUGCCAUCCGACUGAGAGUCAUUGUGAUCUGGGAUUGUUGUCACAAAUGUGCAUUCUCGAGAGACUCUAAGUGAUUAUUCCCAGUCUGUGUCUGAGUAGAGCUGAGCAAAGGGAUAUGAAUUUUCUUGAAGCAUCCUAUUUCGGUGUCUUUGAAUUAACCACUGUCCUCAGAUGUACAGUAAACCUGUGAAAGAUGUAGUUUCUCGCACUCAAUCUUUUAAACAUGGACAAAGGCCCUCAUGGCUGAAAGCUUCUUUUUUGUUUACAGUCCUCUCUCUCACUCUCACUCUCACUCUCACUCUCACUCUCACUCCCCUCAAAUGCUGCCUUCUGAGUUUUCCCAGCACGUUGUUUUUAUUUCAGAUCUCCAGCCUGAUCGUUUUUUUCCGAUUGCAUGAAUUCUGGCCCGGCCUGCUUUAUCCUGGAGGUGUUAAUUCUUGCUGCAGAUCUGUCCUGUGAGUCCAAUCGCAUUGCUGAUAUGUUUACCAUGUGUGCUCGCAGGCUGCUCAACUACUAAGGCAUCACUGUUUUUUCACCUGAUCAAAGUUCUCCCAUUUGUUCACAUCUCUGCACAAAAAGUGCUGCAGCCAGGACCUUGUGUCAGGUGCAUUAUUCCUCAGUGAGAGAUUUACCUUCCACAGGACUGCACUGGUGAUUAGCAGAGGACAGUCUGAUGUGGCUCAGCUCUAGUACACGUAUCUAUAAACCUUCACAGUGAAAAUGUGUUUGUGCAAAUUGUGACACUGCUCAAACAAUUCUGGUCGUUACAGCCAAUACACAUCUGUGGAAACUGAAGUCUUUCUUUGUAUCUGUAAACUAAACUUGUGAACAAAUACCUGCAAUCUUGUAAAUGUGCAACUCAAAGGAAUAAUGCUUUUCACAUUCCGUCCUGUAGAGACAUAUGAUGUAGACCAUUUAUUAAUAAAACUUCUA